GCUUUUAAAACCUUGAUAUUGGCAAAGGUUUGCUCUCCACUGCGAGGUUUGUUUCACACACCGUCGAACUCCAACCUACCAUAGCUGCUUAACAAAAAAGAAAUAUAAACAACUUCGAAUAGGGCAGACUCUGUUUAUUCUCUUUUUCUUCAUACUUGAAGCAAUAACCACGUGCACAAAUUGACAAGUGGUUUUAGACAUUUUUGAAAGAGAAGGAUGGCUCACUUUCAAUGUGGUAGAAAUAUCCUGCGCCAGAUCGUUAAGGAUAAAAGUCUUCAUAGUUUUGAUAUUAUAACUCACCCAUUAUUGUUCACUAGUCAAGGACUCAGAUACAGAAAGUUGGAAAUAAUUCUUACAACAAGCAUAGAGAAGCUUGGCAAGGCUGGUGAAAUGGUGAAGGUUGCUCCUGGAUAUUUUCGCAACCACCUGAUGCCUAAGUUGCUUGCUGUCCCAAAUAUUGAUAAGUACGCUUAUCUCAUCCGUGAACAGCGAAAGAUUUACCAACCUGAGGAAGUAGAAACCGUUACAGUAGUUCCGAAGACCAAGGAGGAUAAAAUGAAGGAAUAUCAAACUGCGGCAAAGCGUCUAGAUAAUGCUCGCUUGUCCUUGAGGAGGCUCAUCAAGGUUGGUAAUGAAUUGCGUUCACCUGUGACAAAAGAUGAGCUUGUUUCUGAGGUGGCAAGGCAACUUUGUGUAAGCGUCCAGCCUGAGAACCUGCAUCUUCCAUCUCCACUAUCUUCCUUGGGAGAGUUUGAGGUGCCACUUCGUUUUCCAAGGUCAAUUCCCCUGCCCGAGGGAAAGGUUCUAUGGACCCUCAACGUUAAAAUUCGUAGAAAAUGAAGUGGAGGGGAGAGAGUACCAUUUUCGAGUUUUGGUAAUGACAUUUUCAUGGUUAUUAAAUUUUCGUCAAGUUAGCUGUCGUCGUAAUUUCUGAGAAAUAACUUGAAGUCUUGAACCUAAAGCUGCUUGAUUGGAGUUAGGCUGGUACUUGGUAGUAUGCACUAUGCUGGAAAUUCCCAUACGACGCUGCAGCUGUUCCUAAGAAUUAUAAAAAGCUCCAGUUUGUAUUUGGGAAUCGAUUGAAAAGAACAAAUUCCCUGAUGCAUUGAUCCGGUAGGAACGUCAGAAGAAAAUCACAAAAAUUUUCUUCAUUUCUUCACGGCAGCAGCUCAACUUUUAGCUAUUGCCUUUGCCUUCUUGUACAUUGUGAUUGAAUUUUAUUCACUUAAGAUUUACAUGAUAAAAACAUGAAGAGGGAUGGGUAGUACUUUCUAGCCAGAAUUAGAUUGCUCUUUCCCAUUUUUAA